GUUCUUUCAUGGCCGAGGAGCCGGCUACCUGCUUGGUCCUGGCCUUUGUGGGUGCUGGGCACAGGUGACCACGGGCCGACGAAAAUCCGAGAGGCUCUAAGGGCCGGUGCAGGCGUGAGCUGUGGCAUUGCAGGCCGUUUGGAGGAGGUCCCCGACAUCCUCGAGGACCCCAAGGUGCUCGCGUGCUUCCUGGACUUGGGCUCGGGGGGAGAGGUCCUUCGGGCGGGGUGGCAAGCGGCGUUGCCUGAGAUGUCUGCCUUUGAUGCAAAGGCUACAGUGAGCCGGGGUGAGAAGUCGUUCGACGACAAGAUCCUGAAGAUCUGGCCGUCGGAGCUCCAGGCAAGCGGCAGGCUGCAGCAUCUUGGGACACAGACCUUAGCAGAAGCCAAGCGGCUAGCGGAGCUGUUCUGGCGAGCGGGCAGCGUGUCCCGUCCGAGGGAGCAGCUUGCGCUGCAAGUAAGGCUCGCAAGCUUUGAUCACGUGCCGUGUUCGCGACUGCACUGGGACGAUGUUCCUCUCCGCUUGGUCUGCACAUUGGCUGGCGCUGGAACGCAGGUCCUCCCUGAGAGUCGGGCUGACCGCGAGGCUUUCGCCAUGCUUGAGUCGAUGCCAAUAGAGCGACAGGGGUCGAUGUCUUCAGAGGAAUGGAACAACCGCAUCGUCUCGUCAUCGGCCCGAUCCUGGAUCCCGGCAGGUUGGAAGCAGGCCCUGGUGCAGACUCCAACAGGAUGGGCAGUGCUGCUGAAAGGCAGCACGUGGGACUCCGAUGCAGCAGAAGGCGCAGGCUUCACCCCAACACAUCCUGGAGCUUUACAUCGCUCACCUGAGAAGGCCUCCCAAAGAGUACUGCUUCAAGUGGAUUUUGCAGACUCCGUGACGAAGUGA